AUGAAUCUUGUUCCGCAAGUUAGCGCAGAUGAGGUCGCUACAAGACCCGAUAAGACCACCAACUCCGAGUCAAUCUGGGCGAAAACAGCUGUCACCGCAUAUCUGCGGGAGCAUGUCAAGGAGUUCUGCUAUUUAGGAGAGUUGAGAGCUAAAGGUUGGGCGAAUCCCCAAGGUGAUGAGCAUUUUCGAAACCAGCGGAAAAACGCAGACAAAGCAGAUACAAAGACGGCAAGAUACUUCUAUGGCAUGAUGAAAGCGAUCGCGAAGCAGCUACAUGAUAAGACCGGCGCUUUCCAAAUCUACCCUCAAGGCCAUCCUAUUGACGUGCUUGACUUGUGUAUGGCACCAGGAGGAUUCGUGUCGUUUGUGCUCGAGACACAACGGGUCGCCAUCGCACGAGGGUUUAGCUUACCCGUCGAACAAGGCGGGCAUGAAGUCCUGGUAGAGAGCGACAAACUUGAUGUGACCUUUACGGAUAUCACUAUGCUCGGCGGUGAUAUGGGGGUCAUCGAAGCCGAUAUUCCAAGUGCGCAUCCCGAUGCGGGUGACUUUCGUCUGCAAAAGCUACUCACCGACGGCGACAAGUUCGAUCUCGUCUUCUGCGACGGUCAAGUUCUACGCACUCACCAACGUUCCCCAUGGAGAGAAGCACGAGAAGCACGUCGUCUCAGCCUUGUGCAGCUGUCUCUCGGACUCGAGCACGUCAGGCCAGGCGGAACAAUUGUGAUUCUGUUGCAUAAGCUAGAGGCAUGGGAAAACCUGCAAUUGCUCCAGAAGCUUCAUCAAUUUUCGGAGGUUCAGCUCUUCAAGUCACCCAAAUAUCAUGCCACGCGAUCGUCAUUCUACGCUGUUGCCACGAAAAUACAGUCAAACCAUCCGCUGGCUGUCCAUAUGGUUGCUACCUGGAAGCAACAGUGGAAAGUCGCAACCUUUGGCACGGCUGAGGAAUACCGACAAGCUGUUCAGGAGAACGGCUCUGAUGCCGCCGCAGUCUUGGAAGUCUUCGGCAAAGCGUAUGUACAAAUGGGAAGACACAUCUGGGCGACACAAGCAACAGCACUGAGCAAAGCUCCGUAUAUCAGAUAG